ACUUAUAGUAUCAAACAUGAACACAGAAAGCCGUGACCAACUGAAAAUUUCAGCCGAAACAGGUGACAUAGAACUCCUCUAUGCCGUAAUUGAAGAAGACCCAUCGAUUUUGAAAAUCAUAGAUGAAAACCAAUUUGUAGUUACUCCUUUGCAUAUCGCUGUAACUAGGUGUCAUCUCGAGUUUGCCAAUGAAAUUAUGAAUUUGAAACCUUCAUUUGCUUCCAAGCUAAAUUUGCAAGGAUACAGUCCCAUUCAUCUUGCAAUGGACAACAUCCGUCUGGCUAUGGACGGCCCCACUGAAUCUAAUGAAGCUAAUAACCUAAGGGUGAUGGUGUCAAAGUUGGUAGGCAUCAAUAAAGAUCUUGUUAGAGUUAAAGGAAGAAAAGGCUUGACUCCACUUCAUAUGGCAUGUCAAAACGGGGAGUUUGAAUUGGUAUGUACAUUUUUGGUUGCUUGUCCGGAUUCCAUUGAAGAUGUAACUGUGAGAGGUGAAUCUGCAUUGCAUAUUGCUGCUAAGAUGGGAAAUCAUGGGGUCCUUCAAUUUCUUCUUGGGUGGCUCCAUGUAAAUUGUCGAAGAGGUGCUAAAAAGCUGAAAUGGGAAAUGUUGAACUUGAGAGACUACGAAGGCAACACUGCUUUGCACAUUUCAGCCCUUAGUAGAGAACCAACGCACUUGAAUUGGUUGAUAAUUGCAACUCUUGUUGCAACUGUAACCUAUGAAUCGGCACUGAGUCCCCCGGGUGGAGUUUUCCAGGUUAGUGCAAGUGAUGACAACAAUAUGAAAAUCAAGUCUGGAGAUAUGUAUUAUUCUACCCGAGGAAAUGCUGGGAAAUCGAUCUUGUCAAAAACUAGUUUCAUGGGGUUUUCAUUAGCGAAUAUGCUUUCCUUUUCUUUAUCAAUUAUAGCAAUAGUAAUUAUGACUCCAAGGGGAGUACUAAGGCCCCUCGUGUUAGCUCCGGUGACUUUUUUUACUCUUUGCUAUCUAAUUGCUAUGCCAGCAAUAUCUCCUACUCUUGCUAAUACUAUUAUUCUUAGCAUCCCUAUGUAUUCAAUUUUUUUAUUGGCGGGCGAGGUAAGGCCAGCUGAUUUUCCUUUUGACGCAGAACCAGAAAGAACGUUGCACGCUAGACUUAGACAAGCAAAAAGAGAAAGACUGGCAGCAUCAGAAGGUGAACAGAGCAUAAGAGAUAAAGAAGAAGAAGAAGUUUCAGUUAAUUCGGAAAAUUCUGCUUCGGAUACUGAGACAAUUCCCAAAACGAUGGCAGCUGACCCACCUCCACCUGUUGAAAGACUUCUUGGAGAUUAUGAAGGAAAUAAAUUACCGGCUGGUCGAAUGACAAUUGUGAACCAACCGGCGAAUGCGGCACAAUUUCAGCUGCAUCCAAGCACGAUAAAUCAACUUGAAAGGCAUUAUUUUUCUGGAAGGGUGAACGAAGAUGCAAAUAAACAUCUUCAACGGUUUCUCACUAUGAGUACCACUCUGAAGAUAGAUGGACAUACAUAG